GCAGGCAGCCAUUCCAGCGCAGCUCUCCACCAGUGCCCUCAGCACAGCGUUUGUUCAGACUCUUCUCACUGAUUAGCAAGAGUUUGCUUUUUAAGUAGAUGCUGCUUGAAUUCCCAGCACUUGUGUCUUUUCGCUGUUCUCAUUCACCAUGGAUACUGAAGCCAGGACAAUUACACAGUGACUUGGAGAGGAACAGAAACCUGCCUGUGUCCUAAUGGAGAGGCACAGCUGGGUGGGGAGUCUAGAGAAUAUGUUGGUAGAGAAGUUUAGCGGCAUCCUUUAUUGAAGCUUAAAAAUUGUACAUUCUAACAAGUGAUCGCACCCUUUCUAAACUGCAUUCUACUAUCUUGAUGUGAAAAGGGGAAAUAGAGAAUUCUUCACAGAAUUAAAAUUUAGAUAAGAAAAUCUAGAGUUAAGGUUAUUUUUGCUAUUUACUGUUGUGACCCUGGCACUGUGGAAAGUGCAGAAGUGAAAGCCUUCUGCUCCCUAGCCACUCCUAAUAUUUCAAGGGGAUUUCUCGUGACAGUUUGGUGUGUAUUCCAGAAUAUUUUCCAUGUGUACCCACACACAUAUGUGCACAUGCAGAGUUACAUUAGUUAUACCCACUACGAUUUGCUGGUAACAUUUUCUUACUCAACAAUCACUCAGGUCCUCUUUCUACGCUAAUAGAUACAGUUCUAUCUUUUUUUAAUGUCCAUAUACAUAGCAUAAUAAUAAUGUAAUAAUAAUUGCUAACAAUUAUUGAGCUCUUAUGUGUCAGGUGUUUUACUAAUAAACUCUAUAUCCAGAUGAGGAAACCAAGAUUUAUUGAGUUUAUGUAAGUUGCCCCAGGUCACACAGUACGUGGCAAAGUCAGGAUUUAAACCAAGGCUGUGUGGCUGCAGAACCCAUGUUCUUAACUCCUUCACUGUGCACUGUGAUUCUCAUACUCGAUCUCCUAUUGAUAGACACUGACCUCUCCUUUUCUACUGUAACCAAUAUUUUUGUAAUGAAUAUAUUUGUAUACAGAUGCUUGAGAAAGUAUUUCUCUCUGAUAUGUGCAUUUUAGUGUUUGAGAACAAACCUGAUUUUGAAAACAAUUUUUGCCCAUAUUGACUUGUGCAGAGGUGACAGCCUAUCUGUAGAGGGACUAAUGUCUUAAGUGCAGCAAUGCAUCUUCUUGAUAAUGAUCAUGAAUUUCAGUUCUCUUGUCAUUUGACUAGACUUUUAUUUAACAAAGGACCCACAGUCUGUGGCUGUGCUCAGCAGUGCUUACAAUUAGUUGCUGUAGAUGUUCAUGUUUCCAGCUAUCAGUGUCCCUUAAAACCUAGGCGAGGAAACCCUGAUUAUGUAACAAUUUUAAGUGCUGUGCUCCUCAGGUGUCAAACCUUCCAAGAGGCCAUAGAUAGAAUGUCGAAGCCACAGAGCACUCACAAAGUGAGGUGCUGAUACCCUGUGCUCAAUAUCACAUCCAAAUGCACAGUUUCAUUUUUCCAUCUUUCCAUUUUCCAUUUGAAUGGGUUUUGAUUUGCUGAAAAAUGAACAAAAAUAUGCAAACAAAAAGCUUGAUGUGUAAAAUUUUUGCCUGUAUUGCUGAGAAAGCAAUAGAAUUGAAUUGAGAGAGCAUUUCAUCAAUGGAGUGAUAAUUACAUCAGGGUAGGUAGAGGCUGAUCAAUAAUAUAAUGACGAAUAAAUAAAUAUUCUACCUUCUAAGAAGAAUUUCCUGGACCUCUUUCUUUCCACAAAUCUAUAGGACCAAUCUUUACACUAGACCGGGUGGCCAGGUGGGCAGGCAAGUAUCUCUGUGGUUGUAUAAACCCAAGUCCAUGGACGCUGGGCCUCCUGUGAGGCCACUUCAUCACCUCCCAUCACGUGACCACAGACAGUUCUGUGUCAGAGGCUCUCUGAGAUAGUGUAGGUGAUCAGGAAUCAGAAUUUACCAUCUAUUCCACAGAAAGAUUAAGUCCCUCUCUAGGGUAGAGUUAUAUAUUGUACUGAAACAAAAAGACGUAGUAGAAUUCUGUACCCAUGUCACAAGGCGUCAAAGCUCCUCUGUCUUCCCUGAACUUUGCUGUUUGGUAGCAGCAAGGGCAGUAGAAGAGGAACUGUUGAUCUUCACCUAAGGUGAAGAAAGGAGCUUCUGUCAGAGAUUGAGACAUAUACUUAAUGUUUUCUUUUUCUCCCAUAAAUUGGUGACUACCUUGCAGUUGUCAUAUGUUUCUGCUGUUGGUGUUGAGAAUAAUUAACCAUUACCUUUACAAAGCAAAUGAUAUUCUCUUCAGUAUCUAUUUUUACAAUAAAAUGUGCUGUUUACCUAGACAAACCUCUAAGCAUUUGCAUUGGGAGCUGUAUAAACAUCCUCCCAGUACAUACUCAUGCAGACAGGCCUUAAGAAAAGCUGUAGGUUUGAUGCUAUAAUGAAUGAUGAGUUUCAGAUUCAGUCAGAGAGGCAGAAACGUGGGUAAGACUGUGAGUUUUACAAUCAGGCUUUCUAAUUUCAAUUCUGGUUCUAACCUAGAAAAAAUUAUUCACACUCCUGGGCUUCAGUUUUCUUCUCUGUAAAAUGAGACUGAUAAUUAUGAUGAGCAUCUACUAGCUUGUCAUAGAAUUAUGUGAGCUUACACCAAUAGAGCAUUUAGAAUAGUAUCUGGCACAGAAUAAGUGCUCAGUUCAAGAAGUGUUAGCUACUGUUGUCAUUAUUGUUAUGAUUUCAUAAUAAUUAUUUUGCUAUUCUAACAGGCUCCUUUCUUAUAAUGAGUCAGGACCGAAACUAAGGCAUUUGAAGUGGAGAUGUCAAAGUUUUGAAUACCAAGUUAUGUUUGAUGUUUGUUGGAAAGGAAGCAUAAUUUACAGACUUUGUAGGCUUUUGAAACCUAAGUGGUUAAGAAGAAUUCUCUUCAUUAUGUAAGUUCCCUUAGUUCAUUAGGAAAUCAAGACUGCAAGAAUCCUCCUGAAUGUUUUUAGCAAUUUCUCAUGGAAAAAUCACAGGUGUGGUGAAUACCGUUUUAUUUAUGCAACUUUUCAAAAGGUAUUGUGCUGAAGAAAAGGAAGUCAGUGUAGAUUUUGCUUGGCUGUUAGCCCCUAGAUAAGUUUUAUUGGAUUCAGCAGUAUGCUGUGCUCUUGUGCAAUGGUGGCAGAAAGUAGAUGUCAAUUCUGUCAGUGGGAUAGGAUUAUGAUCAGAUGGUCACCAUAAGACCCUGCUUCGAUUGGGUAGAGGAGACUGUGAAAUCCCUUGCUUCUAAGAAUUGAGUACUUGUGAAAAUGAUAGUAAACUCGUCUGGCAGGUGAUCUGCAACUCUUUCACCAUCUGUAAUGCAGAGAUGCAGGAAGUUGGUGUUGGCCUAUAUCCUAGUAUCUCCUUGCUCAAUCACAGCUGUGACCCCAACUGUUCAGUUGUGUUUAAUGGGCCCCACCUCUUACUGCGAGCCGUCCGAGACAUCGAGGUGGGAGAGGAGCUCACCAUCUGCUACCUGGAUAUGCUGAUGACCAGUGAGGAGCGCCGGAAGCAGCUGAGGGACCAGUACUGCUUCGAAUGUGACUGUUUUCGCUGCCAAACCCAGGACAAGGAUGCCGAUAUGCUAACUGGUGAUGAGCAAGUAUGGAAGGAAGUUCAAGAAUCCCUGAAAAAAAUUGAAGAACUGAAGGCACAUUGGAAGUGGGAGCAGGUUCUGGCCAUGUGCCAGGCGGUCAUAAGCAGCAAUUCUGAACGGCUUCCCGAUAUCAACAUCUACCAGCUGAAGGUGCUCGACUGCGCCAUGGAUGCCUGCAUCAACCUCGGCCUGUUGGAGGAAGCCUUGUUCUACGGUACUCGGACCAUGGAGCCGUACAGGAUUUUUUUCCCAGGCAGCCAUCCCGUCAGAGGUGUUCAAGUAAUGAAAGUUGGCAAACUGCAGUUACAUCAAGGCAUGUUUCCCCAAGCGAUGAAGAAUCUGAGACUGGCUUUUGAUAUUAUGAGAGUGACUCAUGGCAGAGAACACAGCCUGAUUGAAGAUUUGAUUCUGCUCUUAGAAGAAUGUGACGCCAACAUCAGAGCAUCCUAAGGGAACCCGUCAGAGGGAAAGAUGGCUUGUGUCUUUGUUGAAUGCCUUAUUGAGGUCGCACACUUUGUAUUUUGUUUGCUGUGUGAACCUCUUCUAUUGAAAAUUCUCUUCUGUGUUUGUGUAGGUAAAUAAAGGCAGACAUGAUUUGCAAACCGCAAGAAUCAUUAGUUGUAGAGAAGCAUGACUAUAAUAAAUUCAAAAAAUUUGGUUGAA